AGCAACUGGUUCCGUGACAUCGUUGUCGUUAGCUUAGGCACUGUGUCGAUACGAAAAAGCGAAUGUAAAAAGUAAAACUGUUGUACGAACGAAGAAAAAAAACGGAAAGUUGGUGAAAAUUCGAAAAGCGAUUUGCUUCUAGUGUUGAAUUGAUUAAAAUCAUCCGAUCGAGACAGCGAAAAUAUAUACGCAAUUGUGGAAACGUUUUUAUCAGAUUUUAGUGUAGGCAGAAGGAAUAAUACGCAUUUUUAUGAUAUCAUUGUAAGCAUCGUCUGAAAAAGUGCCAACUUAGUAAAUAAAAUCAAUUUUUAGAAAGAUGAAAAAUCUUUAUAUUGCGGUUAUCGUCGGUGUUUGCGUGUGGACGAAUGUAAUUGACUGCAAAACGCAACGUUUAAAUUAUCAAAUUAAAAAAGCAACGACACAUCUGAAACCGACCAAAGGACCGAAAAGUUUACUUGAAAACUUUAAAACUCUACCAUCCGAUGAUUUUGAGUUCAUCAAACAAUUAGACAAACAAUUCAAUCGAUUUGGUGACAAUGUUAAAAUUAAGCUACAAAAAGAGAAUCGAACAACAACCGGUAAAAAUAUUAAACGAACUAUUGACGGUAGCUUAGGAUAUGGUUAUCAAAAACCAAACGAUCAACAAAUGAUGUACACAUUUUCAAAGCCAAAAUAUGAAAUUUAUCCAUACUCACAACACGAUAUAGCACCAUCGCAUCAUUACCAAGAGCAACAACAUCAACUGCACUACUUGAGAAAUUAUCCGAUGGCAUUGGUCGAAAGUGAUCCCGAUUAUUUCCGCAAACAAACAACAAAUGGCCACGCUUCGGUGGAAAUACAGCCAUCGCAUUCAUAUGAAAUUAAACAAAACGGACAUGGAUACAAAACCAUUUUCAAUGGAAAUGGCGAUGGACAUUCACAGGAUUAUAGUGGCCACACUGAUGAACCGGUGCCGGUGAUUGUAUUGCGUUAUAAUGGCCCAUCCAAAUAUGCUUCACAUUUGCAGGCGUUGUUGCAACAAUAUUUAGAAGCUCGCACUGCUCAAUUCAUUCAAGAGCAGGAAUCUCACGGCGUUGACGAUUCGCAACAAAUUCAUGAUCAGGAACAACAUGUACAUGGAUAUGGAGCAUUGCCAGUAUUACCGUACGGUCAACAAGCAGCAUACGUGCCAGCGCACAGUCUACAAAUGUUUAUUCAACCAGUGCAACCAAUUCAACCGUUCUAUUCCCAACCACUCUCAAAUCCUUACGCAAAUGCACACAUUGCGCAGCCAAUUGAUAUCGGAGCCGAUCAUGUUGUAGCUACACCAGCUCCGGCCAAUUACUACACUCAAUCUGCUCAUUCAGAUGAAACGUCCGAUCAACAUUCAGGUGUUGUACAUCCAACUGCAUAUGAAUAUCAUAAUGUGCAUGAAGAGCAUCAACAGCAACACAGCGUGCAUGAUACGCACUCCAACGAAGAAGUUAUUUAUGGUCAGCCACAUCAAGAGUCAGUAUCGCAACAUGAUGGACUCUUAACCACCGAGAAUUUCCCAGACGAUAAGCAUACGCAGGUGUUUUUCAAAUCGUCGACUCAAUCACCAUACCAUUCCGAUGAUCAUUAUUCGCAACCGAUUUCACAACAAUAUUUACCCCAAACAUACCGAGCACCAUUAGUAUAUCACAAAUAUGAAGAAGAAAGUUAUUAUCCACAAGGAGAUCAAGGUGACAGUUACUCUGGUUACGAUGAAAAUGCUCAGCCAAUUGUGGCAUCAACACCGUACGCAAAUACCGUUGCCAUUACACAACGUCCAGCAAUUUUACCACAUAAUUAUCAUGCACAAGUGGCACAAACGGACCAUUAUAACAAUGGCUACGACUAUUCAACGGAAUCAACCGAGGAUAAUAAUUUGUAUAAGCGAAGCUCAAACAGAAAACGACAAUCGUCUCAAAAUCGUGAAGAUCAAAUGAAAAAAUUCAAACGAUUAGCAAAUCGAAUGAAAUCACGAAUGACCGCUGCCAAGCAAAGCAAUCCUGAACAAGUCCAAGUGUAAAUGAUUUUUGCCAUGUUUUCUUAAUACAGAGGAAAAAAAAAUAUAUGCACACCAAUGAAUUCGGAGUGCGGUCAGUUUUUGAAGGAACUGAGUCGUUUCGACUUUAUUUUUAUCAUUUGAAAAAGAAAUCUCAUCUAUAAGACAAUUUAAUGAAUUACAAGAUUAUUUUACCGUACAACAAGUACAUACUGCGAAACCAAUUCAAAUCAAAUCGAGUAAUUUGAAAAUAACACAAUUAGUUAAUUUGUAGAAAGGUUUUUUUUCUUUUUCUUCUUCUUUUUUUUCAAAUGAAAAUCCCAUUCGAAAACUUGUAAUUUAUUUAUUCAAUUUUUUUCUACUGUUCCGUGGCUUGCUUUCCAUAAUUAUUGCGUUUGUGUAUUAUAGGAAAAAAUAUAUAUAAAUUGUACGAUUGCCAAGAUAAUUUACAUAGGGUCAACGAUGAAUGAACAUAGUAUCCACACGUUCAGAUCACCGCUUAACUUAAGAAUUAACGUUAAAUGUCGAGUUUAAGUUCACUUUAAAUGUAAGCUGGCUGUAUUUUGGUUGAAAAACAAAACAAAAACAAAAAUGUUGUAAUUUUUUCUACAAACAAAUAAAAAAAAGAAUCAUUUAAUCGAA